AUGACCUCUAUGAUGAAUGAAAAGUGGACGAUCGCCUUCAAGCUGGUAGACUUUAACAAAGAUGGAGUCGUAAAUGUUAAAGACAGGGACGACUGUUUGCAGUCGUUUAUCAAUGUCUUCAAACCGGAUAGUGGUCGAAAACAAGAAAUGGAAUCUCAACUGAAUGAAUUCUGGGAUAAAAUUGUAUAUCUAACCGAUGACCCGGAUUGGAAUAAAUCCUUUAAUCUUGAUGAGUUCAUAGCCUCGCGCAGAGAAGCAUAUACCAAAGAUUCUGCGAAGACUGUCUUGGUUGUUCGUGAGGCUUUGAAGCAGCUGAUAAGCGCAGGUGAUGUUGGGGCAUCUGGCAGCUUUUCUUUCGAGCAAUUUAAAAAUCUUCAUGAAGCUUUCAAUUUGAAAGAUGAUAACCUUGUGAAAGGUAUAUACAGUAUGGUUGGUUCAGAAGGGGAUGGUAAAUGUUCUGUGGAUAGUACUGCAGGAUUCUAUACAGAACUGGCAAUGGGAAAUGACGAAGGGAAGCAUGAACAGUAUAAAGCUGCUCUAGCAUCAGUCGGAUUUAUGUGA